CAUGCUCGGGUGGGGGGGGAAUCCUGCAGUCUGGGAUUGACAACAUGGCGUCUUCCUUGCUGCUGCUGGUGCGGGUUCCUUCUUGGCCAGCAGCCCGGGGUUACCUCUGGAACUGUUGGGAAGGACUUCAGCAGAGAAUUCAGCAGAGCCAACAAGGCUUUUCCCAUCCUCCGUGGGUGCCAGCACUAGCUGUCCAAGGUCCAGCUGCGUACACAGAACCCUUACAGGAUACCCCUGGAAGUAAGGAGGCCCCCAGCCUAUUGGAUAGCAUCUUUUGGAUGGCAGCUCCCAAAAACAGGCGCAGCAUUGAAGUUAACCGAUGUAGGAGAAGAAACCCUCAGAAGCUUAUUAAAGUCAAGAAUGAUAUUGACAUUUGCCCUGUGUGUGGUCACCUGAAACAGAAGCACGUCCUUUGUGGCUACUGCUAUGAGAAGGUGUGCAAGGAGACUGCAGAAGUCAGAAAACUGAUAUGGAAGCAGGAAGGGGGCCCUUUUAAGGCCCCUACUGUGGAUACUGUGGUGUUGUACAAGGGAGAGACUCCAUCUGAACAAAAUCAAGGAAAGAGGAUCAUUGAACGAGACAGGAAACGGCCAUCCUGGUUCACCCAAAACUGAUGCCAAAGAUGUUUAAAGAAGAAAAUUUCGUGUAAAAGGUUCCCUUGAAAAAGAGGAAGGUUCUUUUUUUUUGUUUUUAAUGUUAUUAUGCUUGUUACUAGAUCAUCGAUAUCAUUUAAAAAAAAUCCUUUAUAAGCAUUUGUUUUCUUGUGGGUAAUUUGAAGAAUGUGUCAUGAAUAAACUGAAAAGGUUUGCUAAUGCAAAAGCUCAA